AUGAAUAAUUUGCACAAGAUUGGGUUGAUCACCAAGUUCAACAACUGUGCAUAUAGUCCAACAGUUUCUACAUUUGAGGAUAUGGUUGGAAAGUUCACCGGAUCCGAUAAGGCAAUUGCGACUGAUUUCCUCCGAGAUCUCGCUCCCCAAAAUUGGGCUAACGCUUAUUUCAGGGGCAACCGAUAUGGCAAGAUGUGUUCCAAUGCCUCCGAGUCUUUUAACAACUGGAUUACCGAGGCCCACCACCUUCCAAUAACUAGAUUGGUUGAUAGCAUUAGAACACGAAUAAUGUGGCAGAUGUCAACAUGGCGAGACACUUUGCAUAAAUGGGCUAGAGUUAUAUGUCCGAAGAUGGAAAAGCGAAUAGAAAAAUCUUACAACACCGACAGGUCAUGGAAUGUAAGCCAAUCAAACUCCAAUGUGUACGAAUUCCACUCAAACCCGUCCGUCAUGGUGGACGUUGACCGACGCACAUGUUCAUGUUUUCAGUGGCAGAUUAACGGGUUUCCGUGCGUACAUGCCAUUGUUGCAGCACGUAGAAGUGGGCGAGAUUUGUGCACGCUGAUCGAGCCGUAUUUCCAUGUGUCUGAAUAUCGGUUCUCGUACACCCGUAGCAUUAUGCCUAUACCAACUAUGGAACAACCACAACCAACUGGCCACGACUACGUCAUACUGCCACCCACCGUCAAACAACCACCAGGAAAGCCAAAGAAAAAGAGGAUACCAUUCCAUGGAGAAGAAGUGCAACCAAUCCGUUGUAGCAAGUGUGGCCGCAUGGGAAACCACAAUAGGAAGACAUGCAAAGAAUUAAUCUAG